CCCACUUGCAUCAGUAGCAGUACACAACUUUGGAGAAGCACGGCUCUGUUUGUGAGACACUGGAAACAUGAGCUCUACUGUAGGCCUACUUUUAUUGCUGACAGCUGCAGCAAUCAAUGCUCAAUUUGUUCCCCAGUUUGAGCCACUUCUUUCCAGCAACACAGUCAGCAUUGGCAUCAGCGAAAGACCUCAAAUUGGAGAUGAGGUGAUAGCGACUAAAGCGAGGGGUCUCGGAGGAGAGACAGUCGUGUACGGAGUGGACCUGUCCUCAAAUGACCUGGGGGUGUUUGUGAUGAAUCCACAGACCGGGCAGCUGACUGUUGGACCCAAUGGACCCGAGAGAUUGGCUAUUGUUGACAAAACUCCUGUCAUGCUACUAGCUGAGGUGUUUGCAUACUACAACUCCUCAGGCUCAGCUGAAGCAAACCGGGCUUACCUGUUUGUGAAUGUGGAGGUGCUGGAUAUCAACGAUGCUCCCCAAUUCAGUGAUGCUACACUUGACACUGCAGCUAGUGAGACUACAAAUGUGGGUGAUGUAAUAACCACCCUGAAUGCUGUUGAUCACGACUUGAGUAACAACGGUCUAGUGGUAUACAGCAUGCAGCAACUAGCUCCAACAGGACAGAACACAUUUACUCUAAACGAGUUCACUGGAGACCUAGUGCUGGCACAGAGCUUGGACUUACAGACCUCGUAUCAAAUCAGAGUCACGGCAACUGACUUUGGAGUUCCUCCCUUGAUUGACUCGGCAGUGGUGACUGUUCAUGUUGCUCCCGUACCUCCCACCUUCAGCCAGACGGUCUACACUGCUGAGAUCCUGGAGUUCACCAGUCAGAGUCCAGCAACUGUGGUAACCGUGACAGCCACUGACACUGCAGCACCUGCAACACCCAUUGUAUACAGUGUUGGAACAGUCAUUCCCACUGCCCCUGACGUCACGUUCAGCAUUGGCCAAUCGAAUGGAGUCCUCACAGUUCGCGGUACCGUGGAUAGAGAGACUCACUCGCGAUAUUUUGUUCAAGUUUUGGCUCACGAGAGUGGACAUGAGUCGGUAUCCCUGGGGGCAGGGUCUGCAACUGUUGUGGUUACCAUUGGCGACGUGAACGAGCCUCCCGAGUUCCUGAGUAGUCACUACACUGCUGUGAUCUCAGAGGACGCUGUAGUUGGGGACACACUGUCCAAUGCCCUCAGGGCUGUGGACUAUGACCAGGGUGCCAACUCAAUGUUGACAUACAGUAUCACCACGGUAACAGGACUGCGUACCCAGGAUGGGAUGCGGGUGACCAUUAGCGACACUUUUUUUCGCAUCGAUACCUCUUCAGCCGUGGUGACUGUCAACGUGAAUCUGGAGAGAGAGGCAGUCCAAGAUGGCUACCAUUACUAUGAGAUAUCCGUGACGGUGGCAGACUCAGGCAGUCCCCCUCUGACUGACACCACUAUACUGGCUAUCACGGUGGAGGAUAUAAACGACAACCCACCUAUCUUUAUCGACACUGUCCUCAGUUUCACUAUCCCCGAGAAUAGAGACGCUAACACUCCCAUUGGAGAGUUCACCGUCUCUGAUAGCGACCAGGGCUCCUCAGCUGAAAUGAUGUUCACACUGCAGGGUGACUUUGCUGACAGGUUUUACGUGAGCACUGCUAGUGUGAUGUACUCCACCUCCCUGGAGGCCCAACCCCCUGUUGUCACGCGGGGGAGGGUGCUCAAUAGAGUACCACUGGACAGAGAGGAGAUGGACAGUUACCAACUGACUCUGACCGCCAUGGAUCGAUCUCUAGCUCCACUCAGUGCAUCUAUACCCCUCACAGUGACCGUGUCAGAGGUCAACGACAACACCCCCAUGUUUGCUAGCCCGAACGUCACCUUUGUACUGCCUGAAGACACCACCACCCCCUUCGUCAUAGCGAGCUUCACUGUGUCUGAUGCUGACAUUGGCGCUAACGGACAGGUGGCCUUCUCCCUGUCAGCUGACACUCAAGGACUCUUCUCUCUCAAUAUAGUGCAGGCCUUUGUGGCUGAGCUCACUCUCAGUCACACACCGGACAGAGAGACGAGGAGCUCUUACAACUUCAGAAUGUUUGCUACUGACAGAGGAUUCCCGGCUCUCAUCGGGGAGACAGAUAUCACCAUUGUCAUUGGUGACGUCAACGACAAUAGCCCUGUGUUUGCGACAUCUCUGUAUGAAUCCUCUUUGGUUGAGAACACGCCCCCUGGUCCACUUAUCGCUACGGUGACAGCCACGGACAGUGACAUAGGGGUUAACGCAGAUAUAACUUACUCGGCCCCCAAUCAGAACCUGGUGACAGUGAACGGUUCCUCUGGAGAGGUAACCCUCGCCUCUCCCCCCGACCAUGAGCAGGGAGCUAUAGUCAACAUUCAAAUCCUGGCCACUGACGGUGGUGACCCAGCUCUGACUGGAACGACCACACUGCGAAUUACGUUGACAGACGUCAAUGACAACGCCCCAGUGUUUGAGGAAGAGCGAUACAACAACGUGUCAGUGCUGGAGGGGGUGGCUCCAGGCAGUCAGUUUACCAGGAUCGUAGCCACAGACGCUGACUCGGGAAACUUUGGAGAAAUCACGUACAGUAUUGAGGGCUCAUCAUCGGAUGGUCUGUUUGAGAUCAACGCGGUCACUGGUCACCUGACUGUGGAGAGAGUACUAGACAGGGAGACGGACAUCACCUCCUACACCAUUAUUGUGGGGGCGGCAGACAAUGGGAACCCUCCGAUGAGGUCUCAAGUGUUUGUUGACAUCCAGCUGGCAGACGCUAACGACAACACUCCCAUGUUCCUAAACGAACCCUACUCUGCUAAUAUAAACGAGGGAGUCGAUCGUGCCGUCGGCAAGUUUGUGGCCAAUAUAUCGGCCGAAGAUGCUGACAUUGGCAGCAACAGUGAGAUAGAGUUCUCUCUAGCGGGUGAUGGAGUCGACUACUUCACUAUCCACCCCUCCUCCGGGGAGAUCAGGGUGUCAGAGACUGGGGUGGACUUUGAGUCUCUGGACCCAAGCAACCCCUUUGUUAUUCUCAGCGUGAUUGCCACCGAUCUUGGUACCCCAGCGCGUAUUGCCACUACCACUAUCAAUAUCACCAUUGUGGAUGGGAACGACAAUGCUCCACAGUUCAUCGGUACCCCAUACACGUUCUCCAUUCCUGAGUCCAGUUCCACUGACCGCACCCUCGUGGUGACUCUCAACGCCACUGAUCUGGACAUGGGAGCAGCUGGCACAAUCCGAUACCAGCUGGUGGAGGGAAACACAGAGCUCUUUGAAAUCAACGAGGCUACAGGCGAGGUGUUCCUGGCAGCUGGUGUCUCGUUUGACCGAGAGGCCACUGACGUCCCUCACCACGAGAAUGGUGAUGCAGUGUACAGUUUGGUGGUGACAGCCAGUGACAUGGGAUCACCCGAACAGACGUCAAUCACCACGGUAUUGCUACUGGUGACAGACGUCAAUGACAACAGCCCCAUCUUCCCAGUGGAAACCAUUCCCCUCACUCUGUCGGAGAGCCUGCCAAUUGAAUCCUUCAUCCUCAAUCUGGUCGCCACUGACAACGACUUCGGAAUCAACGCCCAGCUGAACUACACUAUUGUGUCUGAGACUACUGCAACUGGCACCAUCACUGAAGAUUUCACAUUCUCUGUCACCGUGGACACUGGAGUUUUGUCUCUGGCCAAGAGCCUGGACAGAGAAACUGUCCCUGCUAUCACACUGGUUGUCGUGGCAACUGACCAGGGGAUGGGGUACAACCAGGACACUGUGACAAUAGUGUUCAAUGUGACCGACGCCAAUGACAACCGACCCAUCUUUGUCAUACCCUCUGGAGGGUAUGUAGCAAAUGUUCUUGAAAAUGCUACCGUGGGUUCCGAGAUCAUCACUGUCAUGGCAACAGAUCUGGACCAGGGCAUCCAUCAGUCCAUCACGUACAGUGUUCUCUCCAACACUACCACAGGAAUGAGUGUGCCCUUCGAGAUCAGAGACCCAACCACUGGAGUGAUCACUGUGGCUGGAAGAUUGGACAGGGAGCUGACGACAGAGUACCAAUUGGUUGUCAUAGCAACAGACUCCGCUGACAACCCUGAUAGUGUACAGCAGACGUUUGCCAUGGUGAUGGUGAACAUACUGGAUGUCAAUGACAACACUCCAGUGUUUGAUGCUUUAUCCUACAGAGGCGUUGUGAUGGAGAACACUCCUCUGGGGACUACUGUACAACUGACGUCUCCUCUGAUGGUCACAGAUCCGGACACAAGUCCGUUAUUCUUCAGUCUCCUUGGCAACCAUGCGCAAUUAUUUACCAUCAACCAAUCAAAUGGAGUCAUCACAACCAACACAGACAUUGACUACGAACUACAGACUCGUUAUUCUGAGCUAACCCUCCAAGUUAGUGACGGCGUGCAAUCCUCGUCCGUUCCCAUGGAGAUAGCGGUUAUUGAUGACAAUGAUAACAGUCCUACCUUUGAUCCUGACUUUGUUAUCCUGCCUGUAACUGAAGAUACUGGUACUGGAAUCGAAAUUUAUGUCGCUAGAGCAACAGACGCUGAUUCCGGAUCGAAUGGUUUGAGGAUGUAUUCUAUAGAAGGUGAAGGAGAGCAGCUGUUCAAUAUCGGGUUGUUAACGGGAGUGAUCACGUUGACAGGCCAGCUGGAUUUUGAAACGGAACAGGUGUAUAUGCUCACAGUGACAGUUGUUGAUUCUGGAGUCCCGAUACUGAAUGGAAGUCUUGACAUCACUAUUCAAGUAGUCGACGUUAACGACAACCCACCUACCAUUCUCAAUCCAAGUGCCGAAUUCACAAUUGCUGAAAAUGCAGCCGUUGGUAGUUUAGUGGGUAUGGUUUCAGCAGUGGACGGAGAUAGCGUUGACUUACGAUUUGUAAUCACCAAUGGCAACGAGGCGAACCAGUUUCUGAUUAAUGGUACCACUGGUGAGAUCACUGUGGCGAGUGACUUGAACAGAGAAGCACAAGACAGCUACCGACUACUGAUUCAGGUGAUGGAUACAUCUGACUUCCCUCUGACUGAUGAGACAUUCAUCACCAUAGUAUUGGAGGAUGUAAAUGACGAAACUCCUUUCAUCUCCGAACCAAAUGUUGGAGUUGAAAUAUCAGAAAGUACCGGAGUUGGUUCUGAGGUGCAUAUGGUGGUUGCAAGUGAUGCUGAUAUUGGAAACAACUCGGCCCUGCUCUAUUUCAUUCAGUCACAGCUGCCUGAAGAACACUUCAUCAUUAACGCCGAGACAGGAGCAAUCUACAUCAAUGCAACCCUGGAUCGUGAGACCAUCCCUCAGUAUGAACUCAUUAUCACAGUACAAGAUCAGGGUCUACCCCCUCUGAACACCUCAGGCAUUGUCUGUAUUAUCAUCCUAGACGAAAACGACAACACCCCCGCCUUUGAGAACAGCUCCUACACUCUGACAGUCCCUGAGGGCUCUUACGGCAGUGACUCCAAUCUACUGGUGGUCUCGGCAACAGACUCGGAUAUCGGAAACAAUGGCCUGGUUUCAUACUCAAUACUAUCUGUACUGUCGAAUGGUGUGCCAGUGAAUGUUGAGAACUCACCAUUUGGUAUCGACUCUUUAUCUGGUGCUGUGUUGGUGAGCGGUGAGCUGGACAGAGAGGGUGUGGCCUCGUACUCGUUGCAACUACAAGCAGCUGACUCUGGGAACCCUCCAAGACAGACACAAGCUCUGCUGAUUGUAUCCGUAACCGAUGUCAACGACAAUGCCCCCAUGUUUGAUACUGGCGAGACUGACUUCACUGUGACUGAAGGUGCUAUAGUGGGCUCAAUCAUCGGUGUUGUCAGGGCAACGGACCAGGACGAGGGAGUCAACGCUGAAAUUGAGUACAGAUUCACUGGUGUCAUUACAGAAGGUGAUUUGCUCGGGAUUGAUCAGAGUGGUUCAAUAUUUGUGAACGGGAGCAUUGAUCGUGAGCGGUUAGAAAGUCCACUCAUGGUAACCGUGGAAGCAGUCAACAGCAGAGCAGCUGUGUCAUUGUUCAAUACGCUGCAAGUUUUUAUAGAAGUCCUCGACGUCAAUGACAACCCACCUGUGUUUGAGAUCGAUCCGACUCUAGUGUAUAGCAUUGCAGAGAGUGCAAGUGUCGGGGCUAAAGUCACGACAAUCGAAGCGUCUGAUGCCGACAUCGACGAAAACGGAGAGAUCACAUUCCGUGUUGCUAAUCAGGACGGCUCCAUUCCAUUCAGCUUUGACAGCAGUGGUAAUUUGUUGGUGUCCUCUUCCCUGGACAGAGAAACCACACCCCAGUACAUGGUGACCAUUGAGGCCAGUGACAGUGGCACUACAUCACUCAGCUCUCAAACCUCAAUCACCGUCAACAUUCUGGACGUCAACGACAAUCUCCCAGAGUUCGAGGGUAAUCCCGUGUUCACCAUACAAGAGAGUCAGACUCCUGGUUUACCGUUUGGUAGGAUUGACACAACUGACAGAGAUGUGGAGAAAAGGGCCUUCUAUUUUAUCAUCGGUGGAUCCAAUAUUGUCGGAGUGGACUCUCGAACUGGAGAUAUGUUUCUGAGGACAAAUGUUGACUUUGAUGUUGGUCAAACAGAGCUGACUGUGACUGUCGCUGCUGUUAGUACCGACUCUACUCCAGGGGCCUUCUGUUCACCGGGUGUGACAUGCAAUGUGGCCACGGUAACAAUCAAUGUCGAGGAUGCAAACGACAACCGCCCCGUCCUCCCAGAGUAUGACUUCGGUGUCAACCAGUCCGCUGUCGUGGACACUGUUAUUGGGCAAGUUAUGGCUACAGAUGUCGACACUGGUGAUUUUGGAACGGUCAACUAUGAAUUUGUUGACUCCCAGUCUCUAUUCUCAUUGGACGCUCAGGACGGUACCAUUCGUCUUACGCAGACUUUCAAUGCCUCCACUGAUGACAAAUACAACGUUGUACCAAUCAGAGUAUUCGAUAGUCCAAACAACAGGUUACAAUCCUUCUCCGUUGUUUCUCUGACAAGGAUACACUUUGUGGAGGAGAGUGAAUUGGUUAUCCUUAUUCUCACAAACACACUUGCAGAAGUGCAGCCAAUCUUGCAGAGUCUGAGAUUGGAUCUAGCCGAUGACUCCAAUGAAGUAGGAGUGUUUAUUUUCGACAUCAAGGAGUAUACGACGACCCUUGACCUCUCCACCCCACCCCCUGAUGCUCCACAACGACGACAAAUCAUUGAACUACCAAAGUUAAAUAUCACGAUGUUUGCCGUCAAUCGCACAGCACUGGGAGUGCUACCUUCAGACGAAUUUAUCAGCCAACUGGCUAGCACUAUUGAAGCAAGUGUGAGCAUAUACCCGGGGCUAUCAUUCGACGGCCUGAUUGUUCACCCGGUACCCCCCACCCCUGCGCCAGACCCCCUGCCAAGAGAGACCAUUCUCCUCAUCCUAUACAUUGUUGUCGGAGCUCUGGGUGCUCUCAUCAUCUUCAUUGUCCUGGCAGCUUUCGUUAUCUGCUGCUACUUGAAAUGCAGCAAGAGCAGGAAGCAAUCCUACAUGCCUGGGGUAGGGAAAAGGGGUGGUCGACCUCCAUCCACUGUUUCCAACCUCAGUGCUGAAAGUGGAGUGUCCGGAAACAAAGAUGCCCACAAUAACCCACUGUGGAUCGACCCGUAUGGUAGGUGGUCUGAUAAAGACGCGGAAAUGGGCAGAGUCGAAUACAGAGAGAGGAGCGUGGAUGAACCCUCAAAGUCUAAUCGUGAGUCUAAGGACUCAGUCGAUUUCAAAACCAGUGCGCUCUAUGAAACUCAGGACUUUGUGAUGGCCAAUUUCACAGAGGGAGAUCAAGACACUGACCAUGAUGAGGAAGCUAUGGUGGAGAUCAAACCUGACACUCAGUCACUCUCACAGCAGUCCACAGGGGACUCCACAUUCGAGCGUCACCGUCGCGAUCGACAGCCGCUGAUUAAAAAGGGACGGGCCUGGAAUGACGAUGAUCUGAGAACUAGUGCCGCAGAGCUUGAGCUGACAGCAGGGGAUGAUGAUGAUGAUGAUAAUGAUGAUGAUGAAGAAAGUGGGUCAGAGGAGUACACUGACGAAGAAGAGGGGUCAGAGGUCAGUGAAGACAGCGAAGAAGGAGACGAUGAUGAAGAGGAAUACUCGACAGAAGAAGGCAGCGAAGAUGAUGAUGAUGAUGAGUAUGAUUACGGAGACGACCCCAAUUUUCCUGAAGAUGGUUUCCCUGAACUAAGCAAUGAUCCGCUCAUGUUUUAAUUAGUUUAGUAUACAUACAUCAGCUUAAAACAGACGAUUGUACUAUACAUUUCAAAUAGAGAAUUCUUUUUUACCCAUGCAUGCCUUAUACUUUUCAAUUGAUGCUUUUUGUUGAAAAUGAGGUUCAUAUUUAAUUUAUUGCACAUUACCAUUA